UAGUAUGAACCCGGAAUAUAAACUGAGUGAAUCUUAUCGAAAUACAUUUUGAGGAAACGUAUUAAGUCAUGGUAAAGAGUGAACAACGUUUAUGUACUGGAUUACAAGCACUCGAUAUUUUAUUGGUCACUUCACACGCAAGACAAACAAUAAAACACACGAAAAAUUGGUAAUGUUAUUUCAAGGCAAAUUAUGCGCAUUUUGUGAACUUUAAAUACCUGAAAACAGAUUGCAUAAAGAAAUAAGAAAGAUUAAAAAGACGCGCGCACACAGACAACUGAGACUUUAAGAGUAAAGAUGCCGUUUAUCCAGCGGAUUGUUGACCCCAUUUACGUCAGUCGAUGUGGGUCUGAAGCGUUUAAAGUUGACUUUAAAAUUGAGUCGGAUUGUCUAAUUGACGUCACGAACGUAACGCUCAUCAAUGUGAUACGUCAGCUGCUCUCAUUACGUCAUCACGCCGAGGACAUGUUUGUGGCACUGAAAGAGGAGAGUUUAAGUAUCACUGAUCGACUAAGCGCUCUUGAGCAACGUGUACGGACGUUAACGAACAAGGCAGAGACGCUUACGUUAGAUUUCCACCUGUUCGAGUCCCACCAAAUGUACGUGGAGGCUGAGCAAGAGAUCGUGUCACGUGACAGGCGGCCGGCGGCCGUCCGCGACCUCUACAACGCUUGCCAGAUGCCACCCGACCUCUCCAGUCUUGAUAGAUUUAGAGAUGAUGGAUUGUCCAGUAUGAAGCUCUACUCGAACCCCUCGUUCUUCUUCGACCUCUGGUACUCGCAGGUCCAGGAGGUGGUGGCGAAGGAGAGAGCCAAGGGACAUCGGCACCACAAGCAACUGCACACACAGAAUCGCGAGCGGCGCGUGCGAAAGGUGGCGGCGCACGUGCACUACCACUUGGACAAGGAACGCAUACAGGGAAUGGGGGCCUCAAAGGACAAGCCGGGAGCCAUCGAGCACUCGCCUAGCAUGGGACAGCGGAAGGAGAUGCAAAAGAAGAAGAAGAAGAAACGAGAGGAGAGGUCAAAAGAAGAAUAUCGAGAGAAGAAGAAUAGGAACAGGAAAAGAAGUAAAACGGUCGAAAAUGAGACUCACACGAAUGAAGGCAACAACGAUAAAAGCCAACAGUCCACAGCUUGUUAUAUUGAAGCGCCUUCACUCGCCGAGAAUAUACCACCUCCACCCGCAUCUUUUAUAGAACACACGCUUGGAGGUGCUUUGAUUAAGGCUCAGUCGCAUAACGACUCCCUUCCUGUGGUCAAUGUCACGCCCGAAUGUGCACAACCUGUUACGGAUCGAAAUAUAAGUACAACUGAAGCUGAUACUGGUAUAAACAUUAACCACUUCGAAGUUGAGGCAGAUUCACGACAAAACAUGUGUCCUGCAACGAACCACAAUGCGAUUCCUCGAGUCGCUCUCGUAGCACGGUUGGCAGUUGGACAAGUUUCGUACAAACAGGUCAACCGGAAGUCGCGUGCAUUGUGUGCGAUCGCAUCAAACUCACAACCGGACGACGACGAAACCUGUUCAAACGAUAACAGUGUGUCGAUCACCGGUCUGCCUCUUCCACCCCCGCCAAGUUUUCUGUUGAACGAUUCCAUAUCGGAAGAGGAUGAACAAGUAAUAGAUGAUUUCAUUCCACCACCACCGGAACCACUCUUCGUUUAUGAUGAUGAACCCAUCCCAAAAGCGAUCCCGCCACCAAUAUUUGAACCAUUGCCCGAAGACGAUUGCAUGAGAGUUACACCAGCAGUCAACAUAAAGUCCAGUGUUAGAUUUCCGCCUCCACCGCCAAUUCGCUUCGAGUCCCAAGACAAAAUAUCCAGCAAAGGAAACAAAACUAGUGUUUGCAGUAAAAAGGAAUCACUUAAAUCACCACCCCCGCCACCAUCUCAGCGGUUGGAUUCCAAAGUGCCAGCAAAAACAACAUCAGUCGGGCUUACUAGCACAUCGACCCAACUACCACCACCACCACCGCCGUCACUUGUCCGCGCAGACAAAAACGCCGAACGGAUACCCCAACCUGGCGGCAAAACUUCUACCGGAAGUGUUCCCUCGGCGACGCAUGUACAAACUCCACCGCCUCCGCCACCACUGAUGGGCGCUCUUUUGGUUCGGCAAGACAAGCAAGACAGCCUCCAGGCUCGUCGAUGUCGUGUCGCGUCCACGUUCUUUGAUUUAUCAGACAACCCCCCGCCCGUCAUUAGAUCCAGUGGACGACCUAAUAUGCUGUCCUUACUAAGUGAUAUAAGAUCAGGUAAGAAAAUCCUGAACCACGUGGCGGCACCAGAACCUUCCGUGGCGCUUCGGAAAUGCGUUGGAGGCGGCGUGCAGGCGGCCAUGAUGGCGAUGAUAGACGCGAGGCGGCCCGCUAUUGGAAGUAGCGACGAGGAGAGCAAUUCGUCCAGCAGCGAUUGGGAAUCCGAUUCGUAACACAAAGCUGGAUUCAGAGGCACCGACUCGAGCCUCGAGAUGGAAGACUCCUCAGCUCGCACAGACUCAUCCAUAUCACUUAUGUGUAAAAUGUUAUAAAUGAGACACAGCCAUUAAGCAGUGAUUUAAUAUUUAUUUUUACGAGCUAUAUUUGACUCAAUUUUACAAUAAAAUGAAAAUAUGGCAAAUGUUGUAUGCUUCGUAUAACUCGUUUAAAUGCUAAACUGGUUUUAUUUCCAAAUACUUACCUAAGUACAAGUAUUUACGUGUAUGUAUAAUUCCCAUUAACCAAAUUAUUUGUUGUUGGUGUGGGUGUAUAAUAAAGUUUCUAGUUUUAACAGUUAAA